UGCGCCCGUGUUCUGUUGAAGGGGAGUGAUGGCAGCGGGGUUGUGAGGCUGCGCCUUCGUCUCAAAGACUUUUUCAUUUUUUACGACGCACUAAGGGAGUUGGCUCUCAAGGUUGAAGUUCCACCACUUUACUGCAGGUACACCAUCGAUCGACGCACCGACAUGGACCGAGUGUUCAACAUCCACGCGGGCAACGGGUCGGUGUUCAUCCUCAGGGAGCUCGACCGGGAGGAGAACGCCUGGCACAACAUCUCCGUCAUCGCCACAGAGUUCAACAAUCCUCGACAGAUCAGCCGCGUGCCGGUUUACAUCCGAGUGCUGGACGUCAACGACAACGCUCCAACGUUCGCCACCAACUACGAGACGUUCGUGUGCGAGAACGCAAAAGCCAAUCAGAGGAUACAGACCGUGAGCGCCACAGAUCCCGACGAGCCCCUCGGAGGACACCGCUUCUUCUUCAGUCUUGCACAGGAGGCUGCUGGGAAGGCGAACUUCUCUGUCCGUGAUAACAAAGACAACACGGCCUGGAUCCUCACGCGCAGGAACAGCUACAACAGUCUACAGAUGAGCAUCUACCACGUGCCCGUGGUCAUCUCCGACGGCGAGUUCCCGAUGCAGAGCAGCACCAGCACGCUGACCAUCCGAGUGUGCACGUGCGACCGCGAGGGCAACAUGAAGCUGUGCAACGCCGAGGCGCUGACGGCGAGGGCGGGACUCAGCACCGGAGCCCUGGUGGCCAUCCUGCUGUGUGUCAUCAUUCUGCUCAUGAUCGUGGUGCUGUUUGCGGCCCUGAGGAGACAGAGGAAGAAGGAGCCUCUGAUCAUCUCCAAGGAGGACGUCAGAGACAACGUGGUCAGCUACAACGACGAGGGGGGCGGAGAGGAGGACACCCAGGCGUUUGAUAUCGGAACGCUGCGCAACCCGGAGGCCAUCGAGGAGAGCAAGCAGCGGAGGGACAUCGUCCCCGAGACCUUCUACCCUCCGGUCCGACGGCCUGCGCUGCCCCCGACCCGGGACAAUAACGGGGACGUGAGAGACUUCAUCAACCAGAGGCUCCAGGACAACGACAGCGACCCGACGGCGCCGCCUUACGACUCCCUGGCCACCUACGCCUACGAGGGGAACGGCUCCGUAGCCGAGUCCCUCAGCUCACUGGAGUCGGUGACCACCGAGGGCGACCAGGACUACAACUACCUGAGCGAGUGGGGACCGCGGUUUAAGAAACUGGCGGACAUGUACGGGGGCGACGACGACGACAGCGACAGGGAUUCCUAACGAGAGCCUGGAACACGGACGAGGAGCGAAAAAAGUCAAACUGAAAAACUUUCGGGCCAACUCCGGUGCGCGUGCGGCGAGAAGAGCGGCGCGGGGGCGGAGAAACGAACCCUGUCUGUCCGAGUGCUCUCUCUCGCCGCCGUCGAUCACCUUUCAGUCGUCCCUCCGGUGACCAAACGUAGGCUUUGUGUGUCCAGUCAGUGUUAGUUGCGUUUUCGCGAGGGAACAGUGAAGAGACUUUGUGUCGAGACUUUUUUUUGUGUGUGUGUGUGUAUACGGUGGGGGGGGGUGGGGGUGUACAUGAGGCCCAAAUAUAUCUAUACUGACAUUUCCUUUUUCUUUUGGGUUUGUUUUUCCAAAGCUGCCUGUGAUGGACACGUUCAACGAGCAGUUUUGCGAGCCGACAGAUACGCCUGUGUACUCUUCAGUGUUUCCGGGACAAAAACUUGCUGCAUAUUGUGAGUUCUAUCUUAGCUUGUGUACGUGCGGUGAGAUGAUACAAUACGCUGUACAGUUGUUUGGUUUUUUUCUACGGAUUUCUACCGUCCCAGCGACCCCGCCUCCCUUUCAGCGACGGCGUUAAGCCACUUCUCCGCAGCGGACGCCUCGGCCACAAAGUGCCACGAGAAAUCUCGCCGGGCUCUGUGUCGGCUGCGGCGCUCUGCUGUCGACAAGUGGCAGCUGAAACGAAGCCGAGGCAAAGGACUCUGGGAUCUCGGGCCACAAACUCAUCAGUUUGUCAUUUUUACAGUAUCUGAUUUUCAUCUCCACACAGCUGUCGGCUGUGAGGCGAGCGGAAAUACCAAAUACUCACUGAGCUGAAUGUCGUCAGAAGCAGUUUUCUGUGUGAAGCCAACAGUGUUAUUUUCAAUUCACUGAUAAAAAAAAAUAAAAAAAUAAAAUCACUGACGUGUGCCAGGCUCGGUUAAAGCAACACUCUGUAACGUUUACUGAGCCACAGCGCCCUCUGCAGCCACACGUGGGGAUUGAUUCCGUCGGGCUUCGCGUGCGAGCGAUGACCCAACCGAACUCUGGAUAUUUACCCAUGAUCCCCGGCUCCCUGAAGCAGAAGAGCUGCUGCUGUAACAAAUCCACCAAAAACUCUGUUUGGAAUUCUUCACGAUUUAAAAGUUUCCUGCUGAACAUUGGAGAUGAACUCUGGUUUUUAAAUAACUUCUCAAGUGUUUUUAACUGAUCACAGUUCAGCUUCGCUCUUCAACUGUCUGGAGCUGAUGGUGACAGCUGAAGAGUGGAGAUCGAACCCACUCGCCAGAGUUACACAGAACAACAAGUUACCGAUCUCAUGUUAACCAAGCUGCUGGUUUGAGGUGGUUUAAAGUUACGUAAUGUUGCUUUAAAAGGAAAAUACUGGUGGUUUUUUUUUGGUUCAGCGCGGAGACGACGCUGCCGAGCUUCAAACUGCAGCGUCAGAUUAGAUUCCAUGAAAGGUCUCGUGGACGGUUACCAUUAAAAUUCAUCGUGCGAUUUUAAUUUCUUCCUGUAAAACGGUUUUAUUUAAUUUCCUCAGGUGAUUAGGAACAACCGAAUUCGAGCAUUUGAAUCAAUUCACCCGAGCGAGAGUGAUGAGAUUGUCAAAAGUCAAUUUCCAUUUUUUGAUUUUUAAAUAAAACAAAUUCAUACCACGGCAUUAAAAACAAAAAAAACAGAGAAUGUCGAGUGUAUGAUAAUAAAUAUCACGUCGGACAGAGAUGUGCCAAAAAGCAAAGAACACCAGUAUUUUCCUUUAAACACCCUCAGAUGAGCCGUCUUUCAUUAAAUGUCCUGUGUGUCGUGGCGAACAUGAAGCCGGGGCCGAGUGUUCGGGCUUUACUCAGCUGAUUUCCUGCGGGACGACGAGCCUUCUCCAUAAAGAUGCUUAUCAAGGGACACCUGACCUUUGAGCUGUGCGGAAUAAGUUUCCCGGAACCCGGGGUCGCCUCCUACGGCUCGGGGAGAAGGUCACAACAUUAUCACGCGUCGAGAACUCACAACGCGGUUUAACUGUGGAUCAGAGGAAAACAGUGAGAAUGAUGCGUAACCGGUUUAAUAUUCUCAAAUGACGGAGGAGCUCCUGAGCAAAGGGCUCGGGAGUGAAGACGGCAGGAUGAAGUGGGCGGACGGAACGAUGCCAACAACAAAAAGAAACAGGCGAAGCUAAAAACGAGCUCUGCCCUCACUUUAGCGAAAGGCCGACCUGUGAAGAGGCUGACAUUUAUCAGACAUUUGAAGCAGUAAUAACAAAACACGACGGCAUAAUUGCCACAGAGCGACUUUUUUCUCUCCGUCCUCUGAAUCGCAAACAUUAAACAAUCCAAUUUACGACAACAGUGGUUGGAAAAUUCUUUCUGCUCGGUUAUUGUAUACACAUGUUUUUUUUUUUGUGUUUUUUUUUUGUUUAUUAGCUUUUGUUCACCAUCGGGUAAGAGGCCAUCUCAGACUGUGGCACUGUCGCUCUGAUAAGCAUUUAAUGGGUUUAAAAACCCGUCACUCUGAAAAACAAACUGCUUCUCUGCCUCCAGGUACGAUGUGAGGUCUCAAAUGGAAAUCAACACGACGAGCGGCGCUCGCCAAACGCUUUUUUCCUUCAGUCGUCGCUUUUUUUUUUUUCUCUGUUCAUACAGGAUGUCAGCAAAACGCCGUUAUGAAGACCGGGGUUUUUUUUUUUUUAUUAUCGAGGGUGUAAUUGCCUCCGAGCUUUGGCACCGUGCUCAGCUGAGAUAAAAGAAACGUGCACGUCGUACCGCACCGCCACAACACGCCACAUCACGCCACGUUCCCGGGCUUCACUCGUGUGUUUUCUCUUUCUACAUUGAGGCGACUAACUAGAUGGUGACGCUGACGUCCUCUUCCUCCGGAUACAAUAGAUCUGUGGUUGUUGAUGUGUAGACGCGGUCGGCCCCCGGGGGCUCACCUCUACUACGAUAUGUUAUGUUGGUGACCAUGUGAUUGAGCAGUGGAGUUUUGGCAACGUAGAAACCGUCGGAGAGGUCGUGGUAGCGUAAGGGGCCAUUCAUCAACCUGCUUUGUAAACCGUGAUAUUUUGUACUGAAUAUUUA